UCCCCGCCGGCCACACCGGCCGCCCUGCACUAAGCAAGGGGCGUGUGCGCGGGCUUGGCACCGCGGGCCCCAUGUUCACCGAGCUGAGGUCCAAGCUGAGCCCCCCGCGAGGCCGCGCCGGGGCAGUGCGCGCGGGCUUUGGGGAGCGCCGGGAUGUGGACGCCACUGCCCACUUCAGCUUCUGCCGGACCCUCCUAGAACACACAGUGUCUGCUGAGAGCAUCCCUUGCCACCUGCCUCGCGCGCAGGUCACCAGCCUCACGUGGCACGACUCCCGUAGCCAGAGAGCAGCUGGCAGCAGGCCAGUCAAGCUCCUGCAACAGCCGGGCACAGAGACCCCCCAGGGUCGGCUGUACUCUGACCACUAUGGCUUGUACCACACGAGCCCUUCGCUGGGCGCCCUGACACGGCCCGUGGUCCUAUGGAGUCAGCAGGACGUCUGCAAAUGGCUUAAGAAGCACUGUCCUCACAACUACCUCGUCUAUGUUGAGGCCUUCUCCCAGCACGCCAUCACCGGUCGGGCGCUGUUGCGGCUGAAUGCAGAAAAGCUGCAGCGAAUGGGGUUGGCCCAGGAGGCCCAGAGGCAGGAGGUGCUGCAGCAGGUGCUCCGCUUGCAGGUGCGCGAGGAGGGGCGGAGCCUGCAGCUGCUCAGCCAAGCUUCCUUUGGAAACAUGUCCUAGCUGCUGUCAAGGUUUGAACCCCAGACCCCAGCACUGUGACCAGAGCCCACAGCCAAGGAUGAGGCAGAGCUGGCUGUGUAGCUUCUUGUGGACCCUGCUGGAUGCCCUAGUGGCCAAGCCUGCCCAAUGGACAGGCAAGACCAGGAUCACCACCUCCAAGCACCUGUGGUUAGGCACUUCAGUCUGUGCCUGGGGCAGGGUAGGUAGGGGGCUGCUUAAAUGUGGCCCCUCCUCCUGGGACCUGAGCCCAAGCCUUCCCCCAGUGUACUGGUAGCAUGCAGGGCAGCUGCCUGGAGCCAGAGCUGUAGACAUCCCCCAGACACCAGGGAUUCUGUUUAUUUACAU